CUAGAAGGAGAUUUUCUUAGAAAAAUUGCUUUUCUUGGCAUGUUUAUCAUGAUCCGUGAAGUCAAGAUAAAUAUCAGAUCAUUUCUGUAUUGGAUCAGGAGGUCAUUCUUAGAGUAACAGAGAGAGAGAAGAGAUAUGGAGAAAGGAGUAGCGAAAGUGCUGUUGAUGCUGCUAAUAGCGUCACUAGCAGCUUGGGAAGGUGUGGAUUCAAGGAAGACAUCAGCAGCUUGGAAAGGUGUGGAUUCGAGGAGGAGCGAGGCCGCAGAUGAAUAUGAGUUGAAAAGACCUUCUGUGAUGCCCAGCAGAGAGCCUGUCAAGAUUAUCAAGACUCAGGAAGGUGAUGUGAUUGACUGCGUUCACAUAUAUGCUCAACCGGCCUUUGAUCAUCCCUUGCUCAAGGAUCAUGUCAUCAAGACAAGACCAAGAGGGAUUGAGACGAAGCCACGGGUGGGGGGCCGUCCCCAUUCUCAUGGUGCAGAUUUUAAAGAGGAUGAGCAAGAGUGCCCUCAGGGGACCAUCCCCAUCCUUCGCCUCCCAAAGCGUCACGCCUUCAACCAUACUUCUUACCCGAAAACUCUCACAGCACCUUCCAACUCCCAAGAUUAUCGGGAGUUUGCGGUGGUGAGAGGAAAUUAUGUGCAUGGGUAUGGGCUUUUUGGUGUUUCCGGGUACCUCAACGUCUGGAACCCUCCAACCGAGAUGAAUGAGUAUAGCGCCAGCAGGAUAAUCGUCCUCAGCGGUACCUCAGACGGCCAGCUUUAUGAAGAUCAUAUCCUUGCAGGAUGGAUUGUAUUCCCCUCCAGGUUUUCCGAUACGCAGACUAGGUUUUACACCCAUUGGCAGGGAAAUGGUGCUGGUUGCUUCGACUUUGAUUGCCCAGGGUUUAUGCAAGUGAGUCCCAAGCAUAUCCUUGGAAAAUUGCUCUCAGUCUCUACCUAUCAAGGAGACCAAGCUCAGCUUCUGGUUCGUAUCUUCAAGGCUCAGGAGGAUGGAAAUUGGUGGCUACAAGUUGAAGAUACGAUGAUAGGAUACUGGCCGAGCUCACUGUUCCCUUACUUGAGCUGGUGGGCUAACAACACAGAGUGGGGAGGCGAGAUCCUGAACACAUGGCCGGGAGGAUCUCGAUCCAAAACCCUGAUGGGCAGUGGCCACCCUUGGAUUGAAGAGUAUGGACGGGCUGCCUAUAUAUCAAGCAUGAACUACGUUAAUGGUGAUAACCAUCUCAAGGAUCCAACCUUUGUUACCUCUUUCGUUACCAAUGCCGACUAUAAUGAACUGGGCAAUUAUGAAGACAAGGAUUCAAUGGGCCAUCACAUAUACUUUGGAGGCCCUUAA